GUUAAAAUUGAAUUGAUUGGAGAAACUGCUACUCAACUAGCUCUGUGCUAUGUAGAAGUACAUGAAAAAGUCCGCUGCACACAACUGAUAUCUGGGGAUGUUUACAAUGUUGACAAUUCACAUAUAACAGCAUCUAGCACUUGGCCUAUAGAUUCAACACACUACUUAGGAACAAACAGAUCUAGAUUAGACACCACUGGAGAGAGUGAUCAUGAAACUCUCAAAGGAGGAAGCUGGACUGCAGCUGUCGAACACGAUAACCAGUGGAUACAGGCAGAAUUUAGUAAAGUUAUGACCGUGAGUGGAGUUGUCACUCAAGGAAGGUUUGAUGAAGACCAGUGGGUUGAAUCGUAUAAGUUCUUCUAUGGUGACACUGAAGAUAAAUUGGAAGAGUAUGAGGAGAUUCUACCUGGUAAUGAAGACCGAAACAGGCACGUUAUUAACUUGAUUGAACCACCUGUCAACGCCAGAUUUGUUCGCAUUAAUCCUCAGGCAUGGAAGGAUCAUGUAUCAUUGAGGUUUGAUGUAAUUGGUUGCAAUUCUUCGGAGUAUGAUAACUCUGCAGGGCCAAUCUUAACAGUUCAGUGUCCAGUGUUACCAGAGCCACCUAUUGGGCAUACGCGAAUCACUCAACUGGAUGGGUGGCACAAUGGUGCAAUAGUAAAGUAUGAAUGUUUGCCUGGAAACAUUUACUACUCGGGAGAAUUCACAAAGAAAUGUGUAGUUCCUUAUUUAGCGGACUCUGGUGAAUGGAUUGGCGAGGAUCUUAAAUGUAGAGGUUGUUGUGAUUUUGAGAAGAGCUCGGAUACAAUAAUCGGAUACAAUUUUAACGCACAAGGUCCGUUUGGAAAUGUCAAAGGGGAUGCUAUUUUAAAAAAACAUGGGGACUUUGUUGGACUGACUACAAUACGAGG